AUGGCACCGAUACAGCACUUCAAAACGGCGUUUUGGUCACAAAAGCAACCAGAGCUCACAUUACCAGACUUCAACGCUGGCUACUCUGUUCUCCAUCAAAAGCUUAACCAGAGUAAAGUUGAAAAUGAAGAAGUCAUUGCAUUCUUCAAGGAACGUAUAUCGAUUGAAGAGAUUUAUGCAUCCAGGCUGGUCGACCAAGGCAAAUCACCACUCAAAAGCUCGGGAUUCGCUCGUGAUGAGGGCGCUGGACUUUUGAAAUGUUUUGGACAAUUGAAGGAAACGAGUCGCCGCUUUGGUGAACAGCAUAAGGUUACAGCAACCACUGUGAGUAACCAUGUUUUGCUGCCCUUGCAAGAGUUUCAUGAGGAGUAUAAGCGCAAAAUUUCAAAUUCCAAGCAGGCAAUUGACAGCAUGUUGAAGCAAUUCGAUGGCUUAGUGAAGGAGGCUGAGAAGACCAGAUAUACAUAUCAUCGAAAGUGUAAAGAGGCUGAUAAGGCUGAGGAAUUAGCAGUGAGAAAUGCGACAGCAGCAGCAGCGACAGCUACACAGAAAGCAGCAGACGACAAAAGCUUGAUGGUGCCUGGCCCUGAAGAUGCAAGCGCAGAUACAGCUUCAGCCACUUCCGAUAACUCGACAUCCACACCUGCGACGACGAUGAAUGUACAAUUGGGUAACCAGGUCAUGCCUCAAUCUGAAUUGGAUAGUUUGGUGCGCCGCAUGCGACAGAGCAUUACAGUAAACGAUCACCGUGUGCCCAUACUAGGUACAUACAAGAAUACCUCAACUGGAGAAGAUAUUGCCAUCUGGUUGCAACAAAAUCUACCCCAAUGUAAAGAUUCCCCAGCAAUGGCAGAUGUAGUUGGACAGCAACUGAUUCAGCCCUACAACAUUUUGCGACUCAUUGGCCAACGUGGAAACAAGUUUGUCGCAUCAGCAAAUUCCUUUUAUCAAUGGCGUGUAGCUGGAGACGAUGACACUGCCAGCGUCACUUCGACAUCAGAUACCAGUUCAACGUAUACGGCUUUGGGUGGGCUCAUGGAUAAGAUAGCUGUUCCUGCUGCUGCCAGUUCAGCAGCCACAUCAGAGGAGCCUCACAAAAAAGCUCGACGUGAAGCUGAGAAAUGUGAUCAAGCUUACCGAACUGCAGUACUCAAGCUGGAUCAACUACGCAUGGCAAUUGAAGAAGCCAUGUUUGCACAUCUUACUGAAAUGGAGCAAGUCGAGCUCCAUCGCAUUGAGCAACUGAAAAAGGUGAUUUCUUCCUUCAUUGCUGCCAUGUCUGUAGGAAUUCCUCAGGACAAGAUUGUUAUUGAGGAAAUGAUGGUUUUUCAGGAGUCUCUCAAGCCAGAUCAGGACAUUCAAUUCAUCGUCCAGCAAUACGCGGUAUCAGGUUUUUCACCAAAAGCCAUCCUUUAUGAUAAUUACUACCACGGCAUUUCUCAUGACCAAGUGUUUGGUGUGCCAUUGGAGGAGCUAGGAAAGCACUCUCAGGACCAUGUCCCCAAAUUUGUAUCGCUUAUUUUGGAAGCAGUAGACAAGGGCGUAGAGAGGGUGGAGGAUGCCGAUGCAAAACAAAGACUGUGGUCGACUCCUUGCGCCUUGGACAAAGUUCAUUCUACAUGCAUGGAAUUGAAUAUACGAAGCGAUGAUCUGACAUUGGAGACUAUGGAGAAAUACGAACCAGAUCUGCUCGUUGCUGUGCUUCGCUACUUUCUACUAGAGCUGCCAGAGUGUCUGUUGACCUUUGAGUUUUAUGAUCCUGUUCAGGCACUUUUAGGAGGGACAGAUGAUGAACAAGAUGAAAGCCUACGUCUAGCGUCAUUUAGUAAUCUGAUAGCCACUCUUCCUGCUGCUCAUUUUGUUACAUUGAAAUCGAUUUUUGCAAGUAUUACAAGUUUUAUCAAGAAAACAUCAGCAUCUACAGAUAACAUACACAAUAUCAGCCAAUCACUAGGUCCUGUCAUCUUGAGAUCCCGAGUCGAGUCUUUUACUAUUCUUAACAGCAAGACACCUGUGAAAUUUGCCCAGGAGCUGAUCAGCCACUAUGACAACAUCUUCUCUGAAUCAACGUUAAAAUUGCACGCUGAAAGUGAAAAGCGACGACUUGCCAAGCCUAUCAUUGCUGUUCAGCAACAAGAAGAGAAGACAAACAAACGAGGCAGCUUAAUGUCGUUUAUGCGACCUACCAUUAACACGGCAGAAGAAUUGAACAAAUGGACAGUGAAUUCUAUGAUGGGCGUCUUUCAGAGAAACAACACUACAGCUGCCUCUCCAACUAAUAUGGAACAACAGAGCCCUCUUGCAAGAUCUGUGCCCUUGUCAUUUGGCUCUACCAUUACUCGCCAAGAAUCACCUCCCUCUUCGCCAGCCAUGUCACCAUCCGCCUCUGUCCCUGAUGCCAAAAAGAAAGAGGAGCCUGCCACUGUCAUGUUUGAUGGAGGAGACGAUAUUUUUGAUGAAAAGGAAGACACUAGUACAGACAACAUCUUGCAAGACAUUGACUCCAAGCCCGAGGAGAAGGCUAACAAUACCCAACAACAACCAACGAGGCCAGUGCCUGAGCAAAUCGAUUCAUCCUUCUUUGAUGAUGAUGACGACGAGGACUAA